AUGUCGGUAUCCGACGAAGAAUUUCAGCGUUUUCAAAAUCAAUUGGUUGAAAUUAAAACGCGAAAUUAUCAAUUGGAAGAACAAAAUAAAAAACUAAAAACAGAAAAUGUGCAUUUAAAAACUCAAAUUGAAAAUUUUGAAAAAGAUAGUAUUCAUUUACGAUUACCAACUAAAGUGUUACCAUGGAAAAUUCGUCGUGUUUCUGGACGAGAUACUGAUGAAGUUCAACGUGAAAAUGAUGUACUUGCACCAAUUUGCUUUUUUUUUUGUUAA